AUGGCACCAGCCCCAGGACAUAAACCUGAAGAAGAGACGACGUAUGACAGGAGUCUGCUGGUUGCGGUGACGUCACCUCCUUGGGGAACUUGUUUCUCUACAAAUCCCAAUCCAGACUGGAGCUGAGUUCUCCCCUGAUCACGCCGAGGGAAUCCGCCCACAGGAUCAACAAGAGGUGGAGGGUGGGAAAACAUAUAAAGCUCCCUGGGAGCAGCUCUCCUUUACUGCCCUGGCUGCACGGAUCUGCUCUCAGCAUGAAGACACUUCUGGUUGGGCUCCUGCUUGGCCUGGCAUUCGUGGAGUUUGCCCAGUCCUUACGAUGUUACACGUGCAAGGAACCAACGGACAUUGCUCAGUGCAGAACAGCCACCCUGUGCCCCCCGAAAGCCACCGUGUGCACCACAACGCUGCACUCCGUAGACUCGGGUUAUCCCUUUUUCGGCAACAUCACCGUCACCAGAAGCUGUGAGGAGGAAUGCCUCGCCUCUAACGGGAUAGGGGCAACGAGACCCAAGUCAUGCUGCUACACCGACCUCUGCACCGAUGACACCAGGAGCAGCAAUGGGGUGGGAAGCAGCUCUGCAGCGCUGGGUCUGAUGGCCAUGGUUUUUGGCACGCUCCUCCAGUGCGCUCUGUAACAUCGCAAUUGCCCGUGCUCCAGCCAAAACAUCCCCCCCUCCUCUCUGCCAAGCUGUCUCAUGAACACUUAGAUGCCUUGGGAAUAACCUUCGCUGAUAUGUGGCUUCACCCACCUUCAAUGCUGUGAAUUCAAGCGGAUUCAAGCCAAGAGUUUGGGCACCUGGACCUAAAACCCUCAAAUUUCCAGUUUCCAGCUGCUAAGCAGAUGUUCCUCACCUUCAGCUGCUUCUGGUCCUCAGGACCCACAUCUUCCCUUUUCCUCCGUGGGGAGCAGUAGUGGAUGAAGCACUGCAGCUCUGCACAGCGGGAGGGACCGGGCAGUGCCAUGAAGGCUGGCGUUCUGGCAUCAUCCUCAGCAAGAGCAGGGGCUGUACACACACUGGACAUGGACAGUGCUUUUUUUCCCAGGUUUCCCCAAGCUCCCACACAACCUGUGCCUGUGUGCCUCCAAUAAAUCCCUAUGCCCAACCCCCCCAAAAAUCCUGCAACACUCCAACAGGAGCUUGGCUUAUUUUCUUUCCACUUUUGGUGCCAUCUCCUGAGUCAGAGCAGCAGGUGGAUAUUUGUUCCCGCUUACUACCUGCUCAGCAGAGUGUGGCUUGCAACUGCAGAGAGCUGGCACUUAAUUCUGUCUAGAAUAAGCUAUGGAAUGAGUUCAGAAGGGCUCAGCCUUCAUGUGUUGGGAUGGGAUGUAUUUCUGUAAAGCUCGAAACAUGCCCUGGACUAACAGGCCAGGGCAAGUUAGACCUGCAAAAGCAAAUUUGGGAGUUUGGCUAGCCAAAACCCUCAGCAGCCCUUUGCCUGAGCUCGGGUUGCAGUCAGAGCUCCUAAAUUUCCCUUCCCAGAUGAUUUACAGAGCAUUUCAAGCAACUUCUUCUGUUACUCUGCCCUCCUCCAUCCCUUCACAACAGGGACUGCAGGAAAGGAAAAGUAAUGAUUAUCCCAGAUCCUCAACUCUGGGAAAUGCCAACGGCUUUACUCACACCGGUUAACAGCACUACUGUGUCCCAGCUGGAGAUUUGCUCCAUUCUCCCUUGCAGCAGCUGUAAGAUUGAUUUUGAUGCCCUGUCUGCUGUAAAACCAGAUGGAGAGGAAGCAGAUACAAAUGAGCCAGGCAUGCCCAGCUCGCAGACCUCUCUGGUUGGGAAGAGCUGUGGAAUUUGCCAUUUGCUCUGUUCCUAUUGCCAGGGCUCGUCCAGGGGAGCAGGAGGCAACCUGCAAGAGCAAGGGCAGAGCGGAGCAUGGGUAUAUCCCAUGCACCAUCCUUGUGUGUUCAUGCCAUCCCUGCAACCUCUGUGGCAAAGUCUAUUUUUUCUCCAUUUCUUUUCCAUUUUCCACUCUGUUUCCAUAAGGCAUCAGCCAGGAAACCAAAGGAAUAAGCAGAGGGCCUGGUUUUUUUCAUUGCACGGAGGAAAUUGUUUCUCAAGGUCUGUCUCAGUACCAUUUGCAAAAAAACUUUGACAAGGCAUUGUGUUCCUUGCCAGAGGGCCCUGUGCAAGCCUGGGGCUCAGGAGGAUGGUGAGCCCUUUUGUUCUGGAGGUGAAAUGCUCUGUGCUUCACUAAAACACUUACAGUUUCCCUGCAACACCCUUGCAAUGCUGAGGUCUGUGGAGGGAAAAUGCCAUUGAGAGUAUAAUGAUUGGGAGUUACUCAAAUACCGAUAUUACACCCACCCUUGCAGACACAGAGCACCAGCUUCUGCUUCCUACUCGUCUGUUCUCUGUUUCCUUGCUUCAAAAACAGUCUGAUGUGUCAGGCCAGAAGCAAACCACCAUCACUGCCAUCCUGAGAUCCACUUUUCUCUUCUGGAUUCAAGCUCUGGAGUAAAGCAUUUUCCCCAGUGGCUUUUCCAUGCUGGCUGCAGGGUCCUGUGCUGUGCUAACAUGGGCUGAACUUUCCUCCAUCUAUUGCACACACAGAUGGGGCAGGGUCCAGAUACAGAGGGACUGGGAGGGUGAGGGUUCCCUUCUGGGUGAGAAUCUAGCAAAUAAAGUUGGAUCUUCCAGUUUUCAGCCUGCAGCAU